CUUCUCCACCCUCAGUUCCUCCUCUCCCACCCACCCCAGUUUCUAAUUGGAUUUCAUUACCAUUUCCGUUCAGUUUUUCCCAGUCAGGUUGGGAGGAACAGAUUUCACUGGAUUCUCGUCGACACUCCACAUCAGCAGCAGCAGCAGCAGCUUUUGAAGCCUUCACGACGCAAUUCUGCCAUGACCUCUCUCAGGCUGUUGCCCCUGCUGCACUCCCUCCUCGUCCUCCAAAUCCAUUUUUCCAACCAGUUAGAAGACAACAAGAUCCCUCCCAGUCUGUGCACUGGUCACCCUGGCAUCCCGGGCUCUCCUGGAGCUCACGGCAGUCCUGGUCAGCCAGGGAGAGACGGGAGGGACGGGAGGGAUGCUGCUCCGGGGGAGAAAGGAGAGAAGGGGGACAGGGGAGACCAAGGUGAGACAGGAGUGCGAGGCCUGACUGGGGACAGAGGUGACCCAGGAGAAAAAGGGGAGAGGGGCAAGCCAGGAGAGUGUGCAGUGGCCCCCAAAUCGGCCUUCAGUGCCAAACUAUCCGAGGGCCACAGUUUACCCCUCACUGUGGGCGACGUAGUCCUCUUCGACAAGAUCAUGCUCAACGAACAGGGCGACUACAGCUCAGAGACGGGACGCUUCACCUGCAAAGUCCCCGGAGUGUACUACUUUGCCGUCCACGCCACCGUCUACCGUGCCAGCCUCCAGUUUGACCUGAUGAAAAACGCACACACUGUGGCAUCUUAUUUUCAGUUCUAUGGCAACUGGCCAAAACCGGCAUCUCUGUCAGGUGGCUCCCUGCUCCACCUCAUUCCUGGUGACCAGGUGUGGGUCCAGAUGGCUCUGUCAGAGUACAAUGGAUUUUACUCCAGCACCAAGACAGACAGCACCUUCACCGGCUUCUUGGUGUACUCAGACUGGAAAAACUCUGCUGUGUUUGCGUGAAAUGUGCUCACGAACAUAACAAAGUCAUAUCCCACUUUGGGAAAUGAACCACAACCUUUUUUUUUUUGGUUAUUGUCCUAUUUCAUUUUUUGAAAUCUAAAUUUCGGAAUAAAGACUAGCGAAUAAGGUGUGACGUGGUACAUCUGUAUUUGUGUAAGAAAAAACAUACCAGACAAUGUUACUUGAAUGGCACAUACCGUACUGGUGAAGUGUGAGGCACACACACGAGCAGUGAUGUUUAUUCACCGUCUGCUCUCCAGUUGCAGCCUUUAAACUGCUGUGACACUUAAUUCUUGUAACAGAUGUUGUGACGGUGGCCUCCAGCCAACUGCGGGCCACAAAUUCAAACAGUUUCUAUGCUAUUAUUGCACUUUUUUUCUUUUUUUCCUCAUCAAUGUCUGCAGAGCGAACAUGAAAAAAUGAAUAAAUCAUCAUAAUUUUUAAAACACA